AUGGCUGCAGCAGCUCUCGCUAGUGUCUUCCCAGCGACGAGCUUCACCACGCCUACCCCUGAGACUACACCAAAUAUCGGCAUUCUCGCCUCACCAGGCCAAGCCUUCGGUGGUCCCACUGACUUCCUUGACGAUGCAGUAGCACUCAACCGUGCUUGGAGCGUAGCUACUCGAUAUCUUAGCCUAGGAAAUUUCGAGAACCAGCAGUCUUCCACGGAGAUCCUCCAAGCAAUCGAUCUGUUGUCAAAGAAUGUCUGCCGCAGGGCGGAACUGCAGGCCUGGUACAGCAACGAGAUCGCCACGCACUUCAGGCUGAAUGUCGACUUAUCGACCUGGACGCAAGCCGUAUCUCUCAGUAAUGCUCUCCACGUAUUGCAAGACAGUGUGCGACAACUGAUGAACGCUCAUGCGUUCUACGCUGGAAGGCCAAAUGCAAUCUCGGCUCAAUGGCUCACGGAUGCAGCAAGCAACAAGUUCAGGCAAUUGGUCAAACGAACGAUACCGGCAGAUCGCCUCCACGCCACUCUAGCCAGUGCCUUUUACGAACGCAUGACAACCACUCUUGCUGGCUACGAGUCGUACGAACGUUGCCAGAAUACAGGCAGCUGUCUAUGCGAGCUCAGUCUGGACGGAAUCCCGAUUGAUGACUUAAGCCGGGUCGGUCUUGGAGGACGAUAUGCCGAGCGUGCAUUCGCGCUCAGCGUACACCGACUGCUAAACCGUGCUCGUACACUACAGGUACUCACCUCCAGAGAUGGAAGUAGCCAGGCCGAGCUUGACGCCUCCUUCCUCGAGUCGAUGGCAGUCAGCGCACUAGGGCGCCUUCGCGUAGCAUCUCUGUUCGACUAUGUGAAGUCAUGGCCAGCAAGUCAAGGAGCGUUCUACGACAUACAACAGCAUCUUGCCUCAACACAGACACUGCACGACAAGGCCCAUCUUUGCGAUAGCUUCAUACGUCAGAUCUCCAGUCGACUGUUGCAUGCUGGAGCCAGUACUACCGACGUUCUAAGCAUAUACAUCAGUGUCAUACAUGCCUUUCGACUGCUUGACGCCAAAGGCGUGAUGCUCGAGAAAGUCGCACAUCCCGUCCGGCAUUAUCUGCGCGGUAGAGAUGAUACGGUGGCCGUUAUCGCAGCGAGCUUUUUGGCCGACGUGAACGUCGAGGGCACCAUCGCCGGGCCGGAUGCUGAGAGGGGGUGCGCCGCCAUCACCUUUGAGGUGGCCAAUUCGGGACUUGCUGAGCGAAAGGAGCAGAAGAUGCUUAAUUUUGACGAUAUGCAGUGGGUGCCGGAUCCGAUUGACGCCGGACCAGACUUCAAGGCAACAAAGUCGGAAGACGUCCUCGCCUAUGUUCUGGGUCUGUUCGACCAGGAGGAGUUCAUCAAGGAGGUUACAACUGUACUUGCUCAGCAUCUGCUACAUUCUACAGACGAGGAGUAUGUCAAGGAGACCAGACUUGUGGAGCUGUUCAAGUCCCGCUUCGACAAUUCCAAAUUGCAGGCUGCCGAAGUCAUGCUAAAGGAUGUGCGUGAUUCUGUUCACCUCAAUCGUCGGCUCAAUACCCAGCAUAGAAGAGCGGCCAAACCUAUCACGCCACGAGACAUCCAAGCCGCAAUACCAGCAGACGGUAUUUCGUUGCCAGACCUAUGUCGUACCCUGGGUGUGGUCGAGAAUGCCGUACAGGUCCACGCUGCCCUCAAGCUUGUCGCGAGCAAGAGAGGCAACCUUUACUUUGCUAAAAGGACAAGACUACCACCGCGUGCUUCUGCUGAGCCGCCAGCAUCGUCCGACAAUGCUUCAGACUUCGAUGUCCAGGUACUAUCAAGCUUCUUCUGGCCGCAGAUGCGAGCCAACGACUUCGAGAUGCCGACAGAACUGGCCGACCAAGAAGCAACAUUCAACAUCGCGUUCGCUCGGCUUGGCAACCAACGCAAACUGCACUUCCGUCGUGCGUUGGCUCGCGUCGAUGUCAGGAUUGAGCUCGAGGAUCGCACGGUUGAUGAACACGACGUAAAUGCUUGGCGGGCCAGUAUCAUCGACGCAUUCACAGCUAGCGAUGUUGAUAGCCUGACUGUUGAUCGCUUGCUAGAAGACUUACAGAUGGACGAGGAGCUUGUCCUUGAUGCCUUGAAUUUCUGGACAAGCAAACGAGUACUGUUUCAGCGUUCCGCUGGCGAGUACGCCGUACUCGAGCGCCUUGACAUGGAUACUGGCGGAGCACCUCAAGUUCAGAUAGCGAACGAGGCCAUAUCUGGUCUGAAGUCACAAGACGCUGUGUUUAAAGAGAACUCACCGAUGUUCGAAGCAUUCAUCAAGAACAUGCUGCAGAACAGCGGACCGAAAGAGGUUGGAGGCAUGAUGGGCAUUACUGGUAUGCUGCGCAUGGUGCUUCCGACGUUCACAUAUGGUGAUGAAGAAGUCGGCGAACUUCUUGCGGCUAUGGAAGGCAGAGGAGAGGUGACGCACAAUGCCGAUGUGUGGUCGUCGAAAGCGUGA